UUGAGUCUUCUCAAAGAUCAAACUCAAAGUCCCAAUUUCCAACAUUCCAGCUCUCUCUCUCUCUCUCUCUCUCCCAUUCAUAUUAUAUUUCUUGCAGUUGUUUUAGCUUGAAAGAAAAUUAAUGGAAAGAGAGAAGGGAUACAAAAAGUUGUGGACAGUGGAGGAAGACAGAAUUCUCAUGGACUACAUAAGAGUGCAUGGAGAAGGAAGGUGGAAUCGCCUUGCUGAAAUGACAGGUUUGAAGAGGUGUGGGAAGAGUUGCAGAUUGAGGUGGAACAAUUAUCUUAGUCCUAGAAUCAAACAUGGUGAUUUUUCAGAGGAAGAAGAUGACCUCAUCAUUAGGCUUCAUAAUCUCCUUGGGAAUAGGUGGUCGUUAAUUGCGGGGCGAGUACCGGGAAGAACUGACAACCAAGUAAAAAAUCAUUGGAACACUCAUUUGAGCAAGAAGCUCGGAGUGAAAAAAGAGAUAACCAAACUGGGAGCUUCAUCGCAAACAAUCUCUACCAAAUUAAUAGAGAGUGAUAGUGUCCCCAUGCAUGCAAGUUCGAAUCCGCCUUCUGAUAGCAAUAUUAGAGCUGAAGAGCAAAAGGUGGACGACAAUGGUUACCAGAGUAAUGUUGGAUUCUUAGAAGUGGAAGAUCAACAAAGAAUAAAUGAGAGUUAUGAAAGUCCUUUUUGGUUUCCAGAUGAUGAUCUUAGAUUAAGCACCCCUAGUUUAAUGGAAAUCUUAGAUGAGUAUUCUUUUGAUUUUGUUUGGCAUAACUUAUAAACUUUCUUCUUUGCAAUCAUUUUCCUGAAUGGAAUCUUUAUUGGUCAAUCUUUCUUA